AUGCUGAUUGUGCGAGUACCAUUGAACACAGCGCUCCUUGCGGUUCAGAACAUGGAGGCGUCGGGAUGCGUUGCUAAAGACCAGGAAAUUGAGUUCCACGCGCUUUGCGGCAGUUUGAGCAUGAUGUCUAAAGUUUUGAACGAUGUUCUGGACUUCAAUCGGAUGGAUAGUGGCAAGUUUGAGUCCGCUUCACGGCCGUAUGGAUUCCACCAGGUCAUGCGAUCGCUUUUUGUGCCCUUGCGGCUUGCGACCGAUGCAAGAGGGCUGAAAUUCGAAACGGAGCUUGACCCUAAUAUUGAUUUGGUUGCAAGGAAGGCAGCGUACAAGGCGAUGGGCGAGUCCAAUGAGGCAAUUCGGAAACACAUUGAGGAAACACCAAAUGUGGACGGGGUGGUCACAGGCGACGAGACACGGCUGCGGCAGAUUAUAACCAACCUUGCUAGCAAUGCAUGCAAGUUUACGCCCUCUGGCGGGAAGCUAUCUAUCAAAACGCAGCUUAUCGUGCCCAAUAUACCACCAGACGCGGAUCCACUCGCGGACCCGCGCGAGGACCUGCUGAAUGUUGCAGCAGCAGCAGCCGCUGAUGCUACUAAUAGCCAGCGGCCCCUUUCAACAGAUUAUCUAACCCAGCAUAAUAUUCAGCAUGGGAAGCCUCCAGCACCGCUAGAGAUGAUUGUAGUUAGAAUUGAGGUGUCGGAUACGGGCUAUGGGAUCAAAGCGCAAGAUAUGGCCCAGAGCAAACUGUUUUCUGCGUUCAAUCAAACUGAGCAAGGAAGACAACAAGGCGGCAAAGGAACAGGUCUCGGUUUGGCGCUUGUUCGACAAAUUGUCAAAUUAAGCGGAGGAAGAUUAGGUGUGCGGUCGAAAACCGGUGAAGGCUCGACGUUCUGGGUUGAGCUGCCUCUUGGAGUCGGCACGAAAACGUUCAUAACAGGACCGCCUGAACUGCCUGAUGGAUCGAGUUCAUCCGACUUGGACACUCUGCAACGUACCGGCGCGAGAAUGAACCAUCUGUCGGAUUCCGCGGACGGUGUGGCGAUGGCGGUCGAUGCUGCUGCACGCAAAGCAUCAAGGUCCAGAAAAAUAUCAAGGACAUCCCGGUCGAACGCUGCUAUGCAGGGAAUUAUGGAGCAGGGCGGCCGUGUAGAACUCGUGUUGCGGGAGCGUGCCUAUAGCCGUGGGACCAGCCCGACAAUCGCGUCUCGGCCGAAAGAUAGUGUAAUAGCGGUGGACGCUUCGCAAGCGAGUGCUUCUAGCAGUGCAGCCAUACCUGAGGAUGUACCGACUAAACCGCCAGAAGAGUUGUCUGAUUGCGUUACACCGAAGCAACGGCCCUUGUCUCCGGAGGGUUCGUCUGAACGGCCUAAUCUUACAAUACCCAUUCCUUCGAGUUCAGAAGGCGGCGGGGGCGGGAGGAUCCAGCCAAUACGGAGACCGACAUAUGUCCAGCUGCCAUCUCCCAAGAAGUUUACGAUGGAUGAGGAGAAUGACGGGCAGCAACCACUACCGACCGAAUCUGCGGGUUCGAGCUAUUCUCAGCAUUCGAGCGACUCAAAGUCAUUCAACAAUUUGAAAAUGUUUGACAGCAACUUUAUGCGCGGCAGUCCGUCAGCUUCAUUUACUGCUCUCAACAUCGAGCCAGGAAUGCCUGUGCUAGUGGUGGACGAUGACCAGCUGACGCGGACACUGAUGAAGCGCAUCCUGACGCGUCUAGGUUGCACGGUGUCGUGUGCAGAGAAUGGCGAGGUUGCACUAGAGAUGAUUCUGGGGCAGAAAAUUGCGUUGGGCUCGACGCCGUCGAGCGAUGCGUCGGGCAAUGCAGGCCCGAUUCUAGAACAGCAGCAGGAACAGCCUGUGUUUGAUGAGGGAAAAUAUGCGGUUGUGUUUUUAGAUAAUCAGAUGCCUGUUAUGUCUGGGCUGAAGGUGGUGGAGAAGAUGAGGGAGUUGGGGAGGACUGAUUUUAUCGUUGGGGUUACAGGAAAUGCGCUACUUUCUGAUCAGGAGGAGUAUUUGGAGGCUGGUGUUGAUCGUGUACUAACGAAACCAGUUCUGGAACGGAGUCUCAGAGACAUAUUAGUUCUUGCUGAUGAAAAACGAAGAGGUGUUCAAGAGGGAAAAACGCCAUAA